CAACGUCUCAAACGGAAGGUGAUUGUCGUCUGAGCCAGAAGCUGGUUUGAAACUGGGGGGUGGGAUCCGGCGGCUGUCGUUGUCUGUCGUCUGUCGCUGAAGCCCCGCUUCCGGGCUAGGCCGUCCCUGCUCGCCCCGGCCCCGCCUCUCUUCGGACCCUGAGGUCCCAGGCCCGGCUCUCCGCCUGACGCGCGCCCCCCCGCCGCAUCCCGCUGCCGACCCGGCCCGCACUGCGGCCCCCGCCGCAGCCAUGUCCCUGCACGGCAAACGGAAGGAGAUCUAUAAGUAUGAGGCGCCCUGGACCGUCUACGCCAUGAACUGGAGCGUGCGUCCUGACAAGCGAUUUCGCCUGGCGCUGGGCAGUUUCGUGGAGGAGUACAACAACAAGGUUCAGCUUGUUGGUUUAGAUGAAGAAAGUUCGGAGUUUAUUUGCCGAAACACCUUUGACCAUCCAUACCCCACCACAAAGCUCAUGUGGAUCCCGGACACAAAAGGCGUGUAUCCGGACCUACUGGCAACAAGUGGUGACUAUCUCCGUGUGUGGAGGGUUGGUGAGACGGAGACCAGACUGGAAUGUUUGCUAAAUAAUAACAAAAACUCAGAUUUCUGUGCUCCUCUGACCUCCUUUGACUGGAAUGAAGUGGAUCCUUAUCUUUUAGGAACCUCCAGCAUUGACACAACCUGUACCAUCUGGGGGCUGGAGACAGGGCAGGUGUUGGGGCGAGUGAAUCUUGUGUCUGGCCAUGUGAAGACCCAGCUGAUUGCCCAUGAUAAAGAGGUCUAUGAUAUUGCAUUUAGCCGGGCUGGUGGUGGUAGAGACAUGUUUGCCUCUGUGGGUGCUGACGGCUCAGUGCGGAUGUUUGACCUCCGCCAUCUAGAACACAGCACCAUCAUUUAUGAAGACCCACAGCAUCACCCACUGCUUCGCCUCUGCUGGAACAAGCAGGACCCUAACUACCUGGCCACGAUGGCCAUGGAUGGAAUGGAGGUAGUAAUUCUGGAUGUCCGAGUUCCAUGCACGCCUGUCGCAAGGUUAAACAACCACCGAGCAUGCGUCAAUGGCAUUGCGUGGGCCCCACAUUCAUCCUGCCACAUUUGCACUGCAGCGGAUGACCAUCAGGCUCUCAUCUGGGACAUUCAGCAAAUGCCCCGGGCCAUCGAGGACCCUAUCCUGGCCUACACAGCUGAGGGAGAGAUCAACAACGUGCAGUGGGCAUCCACUCAGCCCGACUGGAUCGCCAUCUGCUACAACAACUGCCUGGAGAUACUCAGAGUGUAGUGUUGGAGGCGCCAUGUUCAUGAGGCUUUCGUGUUUCCCGCCUCUGCCCCGCCCCAAAGUAAGAAGAAACAUGUUUCCAGUGGCCAGUGUGUCUUUCAUUGCUUUGCACCCACUGUUACCAGAAGCUGCUCUAGGAGUUCCUGGCCAGUCACCCCAUUGCUCUCUGUGCUGCACUCAGGGCUGUGUGGCACCUCCUCAGCCCAGGGCUGAGUUUUAAGAUUUUCUCUCCUUUCUUCUUCUUUAGUUCCUCUAUUAAACAUUUCUGUAUAUUAGUUUGUCAGCCGUUGUGUUAAUGAGCAUUACAGGCACUGGCUGUGUUUGUAUUCAUCUGCCCCAGAUGUCUCUGACUGUUGCCCAAGGCAGCAAUCUAUGUCCAUGUCCGUGUUAGCACUUAAGUGGGAACAAAUACCAAUUUGAAGUUGUCUUUCCUCCUAUUAUCAAUGUCUGUACAAAUUUCAACUUUGUAUAUUUUUUAUCUAUCAGGCUAAUUUUUUUAUGAAAAGAAUUUUACUCUCUGGUUUCUUCCUUUGUUUCAGAGUCCUCCCUGAUAGCACCUUCCUCUCCUCCCUCAGUGCCCAAACCUGGCACUAGGCCCUUGACUCCAUGAGCAGUCUGCCUUCUUGCAUCACUGCCUGAGCAGAACAGACCUGACUGGGAGUCCCAAACCGCCUUGGUGCUCUGUAGUUGGCCAGCUUUCAAACUUUUUUUCAGUCUGGCUCUUCUCAGGUGCAUUCUGGGCUCCAAAACACACAUGUGAAGCCUUCUGUUUCUCACCAAAGUACCUCUGUCCAACCCCACUGGGACCUAUUGGGAACGUGCUAGAGCUGAAAUAGGCUGAUUCAGGCACCUAACUUGAGGGGAAUAGUUUCAGGAAAGCUGAGCCUAGAGCAUAUUUUCAGUACAUAGUUCAGAGUCUGUUUUUCCCUCCAAAUAAAAGCCCCAGGCCAUUCUGUUUCAUGUCUUGAAUGAUGGACAAGAAUGAUUUAUAAAUUAAACUUUGUUAUUUCUGUUUGGUUAAUUGCGACUGGUGGUAUAUCAGCCACUCUUUGGAUUGAGAGCUCUGAGGUGAGAGACUCCAGCUUGAGAGGCAUCUGAACAAGAUCUCCGUUAGAGUAAGGGAGACUGUCAGCUUUUGUAAGGGAGGCCAUCAUGACUUCAGACCAUCAAGUAAAUAGUUGAGAACACAGGGUCAUCCAGGUAAGAGCUCCAGUUUAAGUUUGAGCAGUAUUUGAACUUGAAGGCUGCAGGGAUCUGUUUCCAUUAUGUGAAUGAGUUCCAUGGGGGCUCUUGGAUGUCACCGGUAGUUGGCUGAAUUUGGGACAUGCUCAGAUUCUGGGCGGGAGUUUGCCCGGUUCAUCUUGCUCUGCCCAGUGGCUGAAAGUUUCUAAGACCCUGAGAGCAGCAAACCAUCAGGCUGAUGAUUUUGUCCACUGAGGCUCUCACCUGCUCUUGAGAAACAAGACAGUUAGCUUUGAUCUUCUGAGUCCUUUGAACCCUUUGGUUGAGUCUUCCUUUUCAGAAGCAGAUGUAUUUUUAUCCCCAAAGCUCUUUGCUUUACUACACAGGGGCUGUCCCAAAGUAAAAACAAAAGGCCCUUUUGUUAGAGUAUUUCCUUUCUACCUUUUACUUUUUUAUUCUGGUUUGGGGGCUCUUUGGCUACUCAGCUGCUUGAGGUUUACUCUCCUGCAUUUAUCAGAUUUGCAGCGUGUCAUUUGGAGAUGUGAAGUGAGCAGUUCUUGGUCAGAACCCUUCUUUGCUAGUAGUUAUGUUUGACGUCUCCAGAGCCCUUCUCUCAAAUUGAUGGCUGUUUGCUCUAGGAGGAAAAGGGUCUGAAGUGGAGAUGAGAAUGGAAGAGAGAGCUGGUCCUGCUGAGGCAGGGCUUAACUGUGCUGAGAUCUGAUUUAAGAUUCCUUCCCUGAUCUGCACCUAAGCCUGAUCUGAAUAGUGAGAUUUGUACAACUAGAAUUCAAAAACAACCUGGAGAAAAAUAAUUGGUUAAUAGUAAUUAGAAUAUACUUGGGUAAAGUUGCUAUUUAUUCUGGGAAUCUAUAGCUUCUGAUGUUUUCCCCCUUGCCCUCUGGACUCUUUCCUAGCCCCAUCACUGUCCUUAGGCGCCACAGUGCAGUCCUGACAUCCAGCCUGGGGCCUAGCUGAGACUCCCACACUCCCUGAGCAAACACUCCCAGUUGCUGGGAUGCUGGGGUUUGGAAGUCCUGGUUCUCACCCUCUGUGCCACAGGCCAAAUGCCUCAUGUCUGAGGAGGGGAUUUCUGCAGUUCCAGGACUGAGACAGCCUCUUAGCCAGCCAUGUUCCAGGAAGCAGAGACCUGUGUAGUUUCAAGAGCAAGUGUCUGUUUAGUUUGUUUAGAUUCUCAAAUUGUCAGUCAGAGACCACGGUGGGGGCUCUAGAUCUGCUCUCCUCGAGAGGGAGAAGAGAGCUACCAGGACUUCACUGGAAAGGCCACACCCCCUCUGGGCUCUUGCUCUGGUGACCCUUUGGCUUGUUGGUGGCCCCUGAGCUGUAGCUGCCUUUGGUUUUUCUCUUCUCCUCUGAGGGGAGAGGAGGAAGUGCUGAAUAAAUUAGGCCUCGGGUUCCACACACAGAGCUGGCGAAUGGGCACAGGGCUUCAAGAGCUUGAGUGCUUACCCUCUGGAGAGUUUAACCCUCUCCUUUUAGGUAGGAAUCGGGCUGCAAGAUGAGGACUUGAAGAUGGAAGAUAUUUGAUAAUGAGGUGAGAAUUUCUUGUCAGAACCAGGAUUGGCUCUCAGAGAACUGGUUAAGAUUUGGGAACAGAAAAAAUUGAAACUUCGGCAAGGUUUUGAUGGUAGUUGUGGCUGAAAUUUUAGGAGGCGAUUUAGGAUGUGGGAGAAAAUCAAUAGUAAGUGUUGCUUUAGAUCAAAGGAGAAAGUAUUAGAGGGCAGUAAUGGCCUGAGGUGAGGAAGUAUUCAGACUGCUGUGUGGCAUGAGUUGAGACUGUGUUAGAAAGCCGAAGGAGCAGAGGUUGUAAACAGUCAUGCUGAAUUCCCCACGCUUCCCUUUCCUCUUACCCUCUUUUCCCACUCCCUUUCCACUGUAAAGCUUUCUCUGCUGCAGCCUGGGCCUUAAAUUCCUAGGCUGUACAGAAGCUGCAGGGUUUUUCAAACAUGGCAGUGCCAGCCCCGUACCAUCUCUCCACCUUCCCCAGUUUGAGAAUUUGGCAGUUCCUUCAACUGCCUGGCUUGGGGUAAGGGAGACCAUUGAAGUAGAAGUCUCAAAGCAGACUCCCCUCUACCGUCUGUACUUCAGAAUGAGGAAGGAGCGUUAUGCUUGGCACUUCAGUCGAGUUUUCCUGGGAGGAAAGCUGAACUGAGUAGUCACUAUGAACUAGGGCCGGGCUCUCUAAGAAUUAUCUUUUCUGUACUAGCUGAACUAGCUACUGAGGAAGUCCCAUGUUGCAGAGCCUUGCCCACCUCCCCCAUCUGCACCCUUUUCUUCUCCCACAGUGGUCAUUGCUGCUAAUGGUCAAAGGCAAAUGUACGGGCCUGGUCCUCUCAGGCUUCUUUCUGGGUGUUAUUUUUUAAAUAUAGGACAUGUAGGUGCCUUUCCAAAGAGGCUUGGACUGGUAUUAAAAACUAGAAACAAAUAAGCUAAUGGAAGUAUGAACUCAAGAAGAAAGAUGUUGGCAAUCUGUGUAACAGCUGGGAAACUUUUAAGUGCCCACCUUUGGGACAAGUAAGUGAAUAUGAACUUGUGAUAUCUGCUAUUUGAAAGAAAUUUCUCACCUUGGGUUGAUUGUGUACAGUAUGUUAUGAAACUUGUUGAGCUAAAGCUUUGACUUGCUUGAGUCAAGUAUGAAUCAUUUACUUUGGUUCCUUCGUAUUUUAUGACUUUCCAUCCCUCCUCUCCCUAGUGUGAAUUUGUAGCAUGAUUGUACAAACCUCUCUGUAGAAAUGGAGAUUUCUUGUCCUCUGAAAUGUUACGCUCUAGCCAAUCGAUCUAGCCUAGUGUAUCUGGACUUACUUUCUUAUUAUAUAUUUAAACUUUUCCUCUAUUCUAUGGAUUUUGUGGCCUCCUAUGGUCAGGUGGAGAGGAAGCUGCCCCUUACACAACUGUACUGUAACUAUUUUUCUUUUUAAGAAAUUAUUUUCACAGGACUGAUUGUACACAGGGCUUAUAAUAAAAUUUUAACACUGUGCUGUGAAACCACAAUGGUAAAUCCCCACUGACGGCUAUUUCAAAGGCACCUGAAAGUGGAGUGUUAUGUCUAUGACUUUAUUUCUUGCUUCCUGAGUAUAUUAAACCUAAUUUUUGCCCUUUCAUUCUGUUUCAGCCUCCUGUAUAAGACCGUAUUUUCUGCCCAUCAUACUUUGUAAUAAAACUUGAACAUAUAUAGGUUGACUGAA